AUGGCUCCAACAAAAUACACCACCCGCACCAUCCCCAAAAUCUCCCUCCACGACUUCCCCAACCGCAUAGAAGAAAUCACCCACUCCCUCAUCACCGCCGCCCAAACCGACGGUUUCUUCACCCUCACAAAUCACACUAUCAGCACCCCCGAAAUCGAAUCGCAAUUCGCCCUCUCUGAAUCCUUCUUCUCCCUCCCCUCCGACACCAAAUCCCUCGUCCCCUUCUCCCACUCCAACACCGGCUGGGAAGCCAACGCCCAAGUGCGACCCUCAACCGGCUUCGCCGACCGCAAAGAAAGCUACCAAAUGCAAUUCGGAUCCGCCAUGGAAGGCUCGUGGCUCCCGGAAUCUGUCCUCCCGGGCUUCAAAGUCCAAAGUCUGGAGUUCAUGCGCAAAUGCCAGUCCGUAUCCGAGAAACUCAUGCUCUGCUUCGCCCGCGGUCUCGGCUUCGAAGACGACUACUUCAUCAAAGCCCACGACAUCUCGCGUCCCGAAUCCCAAACCGUCCUCCGUCUCCUGCACUACUUCCCCGUCGACCCUAGCGUCCCCGUCCCAGAUACCUACUACCGCGCCGGCGCACACGUCGACUGGGACUUCCUCACCCUCCUCUUCCAACGCCCGCACCAAUCCGGUCUUGAAAUCUGUCCCGGCCGCGAAGCAUCCACCGCUUUCGCCAUGGGCGAUACCUGGACGAAAGUCGAACCCGCCGAAGGAGAAAUCGUGUGUAACAUCGGUGAUCUACUGAUGAGUUGGAGCGACGACCGGUUUAAGAGUACGUUUCAUAGAGUCAAGACGCCGCAAGAAGUCGGGGAUUGGUUUGGGGGGAGGUAUAGUAUGGCGUAUUUUAAUCAGCCGUGUACGGAUGUGGUGAUUCAGGGACCGGGGAAGAAGUAUCCUGCUGUUACCGGACGCGAGUUUACGAAGAGGGCGAUGGAGAGGAAUUUUAGGGCGUUGGAUGAGAAGAAGAGGGGGUUGGCGGAGGUUAGGGUGGAGGAGGUUGUUGUUCCUGAGGGUGUGGCUGUUUGA